UGUGGAAGCAGUGACACACAGUACCCUCGCUGCUUCACCACAGCAAGAGAGAGGGAAUAUGGAGGUGCAGAGGGUACAGGGUACAGGGUACAGGGUGAGAGGCAGGGUAGUGGGAGGGUAGGCCUACAGUACAGAAACACUUUGACUGCCUUUGAUAUUUAACAUUUUAGUUGCUUAAUGCAUUAAGGAAAAUUAUGGCAUGUUGAAAGUUAGAUAACCGAAUGGAUGUUGACAUGUAAGAUCAUUUGAAUCUGCAGAUUUCCUACAAACCAAAACGAACUGAUCUGUCAGACGAUUAGACUACUUGCUUGUACUUUUUAAAUCCAAAAACAACAAAUAAUUGAUGUUGCAAUGCAGUUCUGUGUUUUAUGUUUGAGUGGCUUUUGGACAUCACUGUUCAUGCAAUAGAGAGAUGCACAGAGCAACAUCUCUGCAAGGCACUAAAUUUCAUUUUUCUUACAUAAUCUCUCCAAGAGCUCUCAGGGGUGGAUUGAUAAUAAAAUGCUUUGAUGUGAAGAACGGGUAUAUUGUCCCAGGAGGGUGCAGCCCCUGCAGCUUAUUAGGUAACACGUUUAGGGAAAAAAAUCCAGUUUGAUUCACAAGGCUCAAGGUGCACCGAACCAAGAGUGCAUGGACCUAACAAGAUUUCAGGAACUUGUAUUUGAGAAAAAAACAUUGCAUAAGAGUUCCUGUGAAAGAACAAUGCCAGUGGAAACAGGGUUCAAUUAUAAAGAUUCUGCUCUGUUCAUUUUGAUGUGGUGUUUUCCUGCAGUGCCCGGACAGAAUAGCCAAACUGGCCCCCUUUUGUCUGUCGUUGUGGAACCUCUAAAGCCUUCCCCUUCCUUUGCCUCUGCAGGGAGCCCCUCCAGAGCUGUGUCCACCAUGUCCCUUUCCGUGCGCCCAUCGCGCCGAGUCAUCUCCAGAUCCAUCACUAGGAGCCAGUCCUUUGCCGGGGUCAACUCCUACGAUAAGCCCUACAGGUGAGGACACUCCGUCUGAUAAGGUCAAGUGUACAUUACUGUUAUAGACCUUACUGGUGAGCACACUUCUGCGUUGACUUUCUACACAUACAACAAUGCAGCUCUAGGCUACUGUUCUUGACAUUGGAAGAUUUGUGAUACACACUUAUCUAUUUGACACACACACACACACACACACACACACACACACACACACACACACACACAGACUGUGUGUCUCAUGUGGAGCCCCACCUCGACAGGACGUCCUGUAAGGCCCACACUUCCUGAGGCGGCGGUUUUGGAGGCCUCUCCUUUCAUGACGAGGGAAAAAGAUUUAGUGUUCAUUGUAAUUUUCCUGCCUUCAAAGCUGAGUUUAAUAGGGGCAUAUGGUCUGCAUACACGUGUGUGUGUGUGUGUGUGUGCAUGCAUGUGGGGGAAGCUUUGGUCUAUCAACAAAGUGAUUUUCAAAGUGUUCCCUGUUGUCAGGUAGAAUGGAGGAAAAUGAAGGGCUCUGGAGUUAUUUAUUAAUGAAGGUCCAUCUGCUAGAAAACAGGACAGAAUGGCGUCAAAAUAUUUAAGGAAGGACAGAGAGAGGAGAAUGGAGUGUGUAUGCUUGAGUAAAAGGAGCAUGAGUUUGUGAUUGUAGUAAAGAGAGAUACAGAGGAAGAGAGGAAAUCAAUCUCUCUCUUACAUUUGGCACAUUACAGAAAAAUACAAAUAUUCCUUCUGCAGCCUACAUAUCAAAAAUACAUUAAUAUAAAGCAGUUACUAGAGUUAUAUGUCUGGAGGAAAGGUGUGUUGACUCUGAUCAAGCAGUAUCUUGCUUUAGUUUUUUUCACAGCUGAAGAGAACAUGAGCAGCCUAGACAGACACAUAAUCUCUCUUCCGUAGCAUAUUGACUGGCCUGUCAUCUGUGAAAGAGGAGUCUUGCCUCACAUCGAUUACCUGUUGCAUUUUAUGAAGUUAUAUUUAUUAUUUUAUUCAUCAACUCAGAAUGUUAUCAUCACCCCUGACUGUGCACAUCCAUGCUUGCACACAUUGCAAUAAAACCUUCUCUGGAAGGGUGGGUUGGAGAUGGCCUGUUCUGUAUGAAUGAUACUUAUCUCCAUAGCAUUAAAUGUUUAAAUCCCUCUUACUGAUUAGAAAUGCAUUGAUUCCAUCAACUCACCAACAGUCACGGUGAUUGAAGCACUACAGUUUCAGCAGUGCCGUUAGUAAAAGGCGUUGUGUUUUAGGAACCUGUCGGUGUUCAGCACCCCGAGGGUCACCAGGAAUCCCUCCAGAGCCAGCAGGAUGUUCACCCUCUCCGCCAAAUCCCCACCGCCCAAGGUCCCCCAGCCAGAGAGGCUGGACGAGGUCUAUGAGGCUCUGAAGAGAGGCCUGCAGUGAGUGUACACACACACACACACACACACACACACACAGAAAGCACUUUUGCACAAAACUUUGUCAUGCAUGCCUGCUCAGACAGACAGGAAAUUGACCUGCCAUGUGUCUGUCUCAGGUCUUACCUGCAGGUGCAUCAGAUAGAGCUGGACAGCCUGAGCCGACAGAUGAGGGAGUCCAAGAGGAACUCUCGUCUGGUAGGUACCACCAUGUCUUGAAUCUGCCUUAAAAUGGACGUACGCUCACUUGACCUUGUAAUGGUUUUUACUGGACAGUAUAGUCAUGUGAUCUUCUUGUUCCUUUUCAGGGGUUUCUCUAUGAGCUGGAUAAGGUUAGUUUGACAGUCUCUUCUAUGUUAUUCACCCACUCCAUUGUACAGUAUCGCACAGUAAUCAUAUGAGCUUUAUCCAAAAGUUUAGGUCUUAUAAAACAAUCAGACAGCAAUCCAUUGGUCCCAGAUUACAUUCUAUUCAUUAUUUGAGCAUCAAUUUGAAAGAGUCCUCCUUGUGUUUCUUCCAACAGCAAGUGAAAGUGAUUGAGAGGUUCAUGCGACGGCUUGAGUUCCAUCUAAGCAAGGUGAGCCCUGUGUGUGUGUGUGUGUGUGUGUGUGUGUGUGUGUGUGUGUGUGUGAGAGAAAACAGAAAAUGAUUGUGUGAUUGAUUGGUAAAUAAACUGUGCGCUUGUUUAAGUUAUCUUGGAUGUGUCAGAUGAUCGAAAUAGACGUGGAAAGGCGCGUUAAGAAAAAUGAUGUAAACUACAUACAUUAUGUAGGUAGGUUUUCAUUUUAUUACAACUGAGUACCCACACACUACAGCAGGCCUCACAUACAGAAAGGGCCUCUAACAAUGAUUAUGUGUGGGUGUAACUGGCAGGCUUCAGUCUAGGGGUAAGGUCCAGCAGCUCUUGGCUUAUUCACUGUGGUUAUGAAUUAGUGAACAUUGAGUGCUGCUCUCUAGCUUUUAAAAUAAGCCCUGUGUUUGUACACUCACACACAGUAUCCCUGGACAUGGUUCACUAGCAGGGGGCGGCCUCAUGCUUGUCUCACAUUCCUGGUUUGUUUUCUGAGUGUUUUAACCCUAUCCUGGGAGAGCAGGAUACUGGCCAGGCUGUUAACCUGACACAGCUGCAGCAGCACAGGAACACAUCCUCCUCCUCUUCCUCCUCCUCGUCUUCCUCCUCCUACCUUAUUGAUGUACGAUUAGUUUUUGUUUUACGAGCAGAGGGAGCCUCUGACCUCCCUAGGGGUCAAAUGUCAUGGCCCAUCACCUAGGUAAGGAGAGCAGAGGGUUUCUUUUGAAUUUGAAAGUAAACUUAACCACUUGUUGACAUGCCCUUCCUCUUCCUGGUGACAGUUAGGCUGAUUGCCCCUCCAGAAGGUAACAGCAGUGAUUGGUUGUUAUUCUGAAGGUUCCUUGAGCGGUCUGUCUCAGGGCUGGUUGGGGGGGUUGGGUCGAGGGCAGAUGUGCAAUCCCCUAGAGAUAUUAAAAUGUUUCUGGUAAAAUAACGGUGAUAACUGCUUUUAAUCGACAGAUUAGACUACAACAGAUGUGUCAUAAUUUAGAUGUUCCUGAACAGGGCCUCCCUUGUGGGGCACAUAGUUCCUCUGGGAAAAAGAGAGAGCGGGAGGGAGAGAAACUUGAGCUGGAGCAGUUAGUGAGCGAUGCAGUUGAAGGCUGCCCUGCUGAGACUGCCUCAGCCUCACAGUAACAGUCAGUAACAGUCAGUAACCACCUCCAGAUGGAUAGAGGGGGCUGAUUGGGAUGACAGAGGAAUCAAUCUGGCUCUCCCUCCCUCUCACUCCAGUUCUGCCUGGCCUGGCCUGGCCUCUCCCUCUGCAUUAAAACUUUAAAGAGCUGCAUUCUUUUUAUUUUUCCUCCUUUCCUUUUUUACCCCGUUUCCCCCCUGGGGAGCAAUGGCGUCUCUGUGGCCAGCCCGAUAUGUGUGUAUGUUUACGUGCUCAUGUUUAUACUAUAUGAGCGUGUGUUUGAAAGUGCAAUAUGUGAGCCUACGUAUGUAAACUUCCAGGAAUAGGACUGUGCCAGAGUGCAGUCAUUUACUGUUUGUAAUCCUUCAGUUUGCUCUGCUCUGCUCAGUGCUUCUGCAAUGCAGAGGAUUUGGUUGCUCCCCCUCUCCCCCUCUGCAUCCUUCUCAGUCUCCCAGUAGCUCCACAGGGGAGCACUUCGGCUUUAAUCAUCACAUCUCAAUGGAGAAGCAUUUAGGGAAUGGCCAAACCAGCCCUGCUGGACGUCUGCAGACUUGUCCUGUUAAAUAUGGUGAUUUUCCGCUAGUCUGACCUUUGGUCCUGUUUGACCUCUACACAGAGUGACCUCUGACCUAUGCAUAUUGCCUACCUAGUGUAGCUUUAUUCCAGGUUAACCUCUCUCUCCCACCGCUGAUGGGUUGUCCAGGCUGUCCGGAACUGUGUUUCACUAGCUAGUAGUCUAGCAGGUGGCUUUGUUUUUGGCUGCUGUGAGUGAAGUUAAAGGAGGCACACACCGUUACUCACUCCAAAAAUCAGUUAUUUCAUCUUAAACACACAUCAACUAGUGUUUGAUCGUAAACACACAUGGAGGGUAGUUCUAUGUAACAAAGAGGAUAGUCUUCAGAACAACAUGUUGAGACUGUAUGAGUGGGUCAUCAGGAAUGCAGUUACAGAGUGCUGUUGUGUGGAGUGGUGGCUAAGUGGACCAGACCAGUCAGGUGGAGCUAGCCCUCUGUGAUCAUCAGUAAAUUGAGGGAAUGUGACAGAAGUGUGUAGAAGUUGAAGGGAGUGGAGCUCUCAAUGCUAUCAGAAUGAAAGGAUUGUGAUGCACCCUCUCACUCACUCAUAAAACACAUCUCCCGUGGAGUCAGCUUUAGUGAAUGGAGCUCUCAUGGUGUUUGUCUGUUAACUAAUUCAUUCAGGCUGGCGUGUGAGCAGCAGCUCAGCUUAUGUAUCCACACAGACACAGUGUGGGCCUGACAUUAUGGGUCACUCACUGUGAUGAAUCAGGGUGUCUGAAAGUGGGGAGAAAGAGUGGGGCAUCAUUUAGUGAAUGAGUCUCCGCGCUGGAAGUGAUGUGCACUGAUUCAGAAAACCUGGACAAAGUAAAAACACACAAUAACACACUUCUCCUGUGAAUGAAAACAAUUUGUGAUGUUCUGGACAAGGUGAAUGAAAGUUGAAUCUGUGAGAGUCUGCUACAAUGUUAUUUGAUGGGACAUGCAGACAGUGUUGUUUUUGUGUGUGUCAGAGGUUGUAUUGAACCUUUAUUUGAACAGGGAAGACAUAUUCUAGGUCUCUUUUACAAAUGCUCCCUGUAUAUACAACAGAAUUAUACACAUUAUACCCAAACUCUCUAUAUAUAUACACAUUAAAACACAAAAGCACAAAUAAAAUAUCACAGAUCACCCAGAAAAACUGUUACAUUCCUCCACAAAUAAGUCCCCAAUCAGUACUUUAAAUUGCCCGAACUGCACCAGAACAUCGAGAUGAAAUGUAUUUAGAAUUUUGUUCCAGCAAUAUGGCGCAUUAAAAAUGUACCUAGCUCGGUGGAGACCCUAGGAACCUCAAGAGUUAACCAACCCAGUGAACAGGUUAGGAAACUCAGGUGUCUAUACUUCAACAGCAAAGUCAGAUUAGAUGGAAGUUUAUGAAGUAGGGGCUUGUAAACAAAAAGGGAGUAAUGUAGAGAUCUAUGGGUCUUUAGCGAAGUCCAGCCAACCUUUUGAUACAGGAUGCAGUGAUGAGUAUCAAAACUGUCGCCAGUAACAAAACAAAGGGUACUAUGGUAGAUGGCAUCCAAAGGUUUAAGAGUAAUAGCAGCUGCAAUUUGAUAAAGAAUGUCACCAUUAUCAAUAACAGAUAAAGAGGUUGACUGAAUAAUCUGCUUCCUACUGCAUAGAGAAAGGCACAAUCUGUUUCUGUAGAAAAAGCCAACUUUAAAUCUUAGCUUGUUAACUAGCUCAUCUAUAUGUUUUUUUUAAACGUCAAAUCCAUAUCAAUCCAAAUGCCUAAGUAUUUAUAUGCGGGAACACGUUCGAUUGGAGAACCAUCGAAUGAGUGAACAUGUAGUUCAUCUGAAACAUUCUUACGAGAGUUUGAAAACAACAUGUAUUUAAUUUUGCCCGUAUCAACAGCCAGAUCAACAGUCAGGGCAAUAGCAUCAUCCGCAUAUUGAUGAAGUUGACCAUUUUUAUGAGAUUGACCAAUGGUGUUUAUAUAAAUAGUGAAGAGAACAGGUCCCAAAAUCCCUGUUGUACACUUUAUGUACUUCAAAAAAUGUAGACGUAACCCCAUCAAUCACGAUGGCCUGAGUUCUGUCACGAAGAGGUGACUUCAAUAGGGAGGGCUCUCUGCAGGGCAGCUCUGGCCAGUCAGUCAGAGAGUGGCAACAUGGUGACGAGGCAGUGGCACGACAACCAGGCUGAGCAGUAGAAAGGAUAAGGCCUUAGAGUGGGACCUAUCCAGGAUACGCUGCAAUGUCUCAAUUUGCUUACUCUGGAUGUCCAGCUCAGACAGAUAUGUAUAUUCCGCAAUAAGCUGACAGUUUCCACAUUGAAAAUUUGGCCAGUCAAUAUUAUCCCGGAACUGUGAAAAAUAGGUGCAGCUCCUACAUGGGAUGAAACGAUCACCGUAGUCUCUGAAGGUGGUAGCCGCCAAUCUGGAAAAAGUCAGUUUCCCUGUAUGGCGGAAAGUGGUAGACACUAUUUUGGAAAAAGUCAGUUAAAAUCCCCACAAAUAAAAUAGUGUAGGUUGGCAAGGAAUCCGCUAAAAGUCAAUCAAUCCACACAGUGUAAUAGUUAGUUAGAUUGAAUCACACAGUUUGUAGGAUCACCACAGUUAGAGGCAGCAAGCCAGAACCCAACCACAGACUAGAAACCAGCCAGCACUAGGACCCACAAUAAACACAACCAAGGCACAGAACUCGCCAGCAUAACAACACAAGGAGAGAGUGGUGACUUACUCAAAGCGAUUUAAAUGCUGGGGCCCUUCAAAACAGCAACGCAACGGAGGCCGUGUUACCAGUAUGAUAGCCAGGAGAGAAGCACCUUGGAGGGGGGAUGUACACUCGAUGACCAAACGUAUGUGGACCCAUGCUCGUCGAAAAUCUAAUUCCAAAAUCAUGGCCAUUAAUAUGGAGUUGGUCCCCCCUUUGCUGCUAUAACAGCCUCCACUUUUCUUUUGUGCACGGGGGCAUUGUCAUGCUGAAACAGGAAAGGGCCUUCCCCAAACUGUUGCCACAAAGUUGGAAGCACAGAAUCGUCUAGAAUGUCAUUGUAUGCUGUAGCAUUAAGAUUUCCCUUCAUUGGAACUAAGGGGCCUAGCCCGAACCAUGAAGAACAGCCCCAGACCAUUAUUCCUCCUCCACCAAACUUUACAGUUGGCACUAUGCAUUCAGGCAGGUAGCGUUCUCCUGGCAUCCGCCAAACUCAGAUUCGUCCGUCGGACUGCCAGAUGGUGAAGCGUGAUUCAUCACUCCAGAGAACGUGUUUCCACUGCUCCAGAGUCCAAUGGCGGUGAGCUUUACACCACUCCAGCCGACGCUGCUCAGCCAUGGAAACCCAUUUCAUGAAGCUCCCGACGAACAGUUCUUGUGCUGACGUUGCUUCCAGAGGCAGUUUGGAACUCGGUAGUGAGUGUUGCAACCGAGGACAGAUGAUUUUUACGUGCUACAUGCUUCAGUGUUCAGCGGUCCCGUUCUGUGAGCUUGUGUGGCCUACCACUUCACAGCAGAGCCAUUGUUGCUCCUAGACGUUUCCACUUCACAAUAAAAGCACUUGCAGUUGACCGGGGCAGCUUUAGCAGGGCAGAAAUUUGACGAACUGACUUGUUGGAAAGGUGGCAUCCUAUGAAGGUGCCACAUUGAAAGUCACUGAGCUCUUCAGUAAAGCCAUUCUACUGCCAAUGUUUGUCUAUGGAGAUUGCAUGGCAGCGUGCUCGAUUUUAUACAACAGGUGUGGCUGAAAUAGCCAAAUCCACUAAAUUGAAGGGGUGUCACAUACAUUUGUAUACAUAGUGUAUAUGUGGGAAAAUGAGGUGCAGGAGGAAGUCGUAGACCAAUAACAAGGCCAACAACAGGAAGCAGAGGUUAUUACUUAUAUUUAUAUAUGUGUGUGUGUGUGUAUGAGGUGCAGUGAGGCCAGUGGAAUGUCACCAUCUGGACUUCCACUGUAUUGCAGUCGCUUCUUAAUUUUACAGACACACUUUUUUCAGAGGUCGUUAAAGUGUCAAGAACCAAGGGAAGGAUUAUGGUGCAAUUACAUGCUUUAUGGUUCCAUGAUAAUGGAAAUAGAAUGUGUCACGACUAAAUGGAUUACUACUAUUGAAAAAGAUUAAUGAAGAGACCUUUAGGGUGUACGGUGUAUGUUUUAAUGUUUGGUGAAUAAAAUAAAAUAAACGAACAUUUAAAAAAAUGUAUAAUAAAGAUAUACAAUUGUAUAACUACUGUAAAGGACAAAUGAAUGUAACCAUCCAUGUGUUUUGUCUUCCUCAGAUUGACGAGCUGUAUGAGGCCUACUGUAUGCAGCACCGGCUCAGGGAUGGGGCCAACAAAAUGGUGAAGGCCUACACAGCCUCCCAGGGCAGCCGCGAGGCCAGAGAGAGCCUGUCUGAGGCCAACAAGGGCUACAAAGAGUACACAGAGGUGAGGGGUGAGAGAGAAGAGCUGAUCAGUGAGGGAAAGAAGGGAGGGAGUACCAGGAUAAGAUGUACAGGAAGCCGAGGACAGAGUAAUUGUCCCGAGACGGAGUUCAAAGACUGCAGGGUAACCUGACUAAGAACAGAUGCUCUCGUUCUCCCAGGGCUUUGCUCUAUGAUAUUAGUACAAUAAUUGUAGUGUUGACUGCCUAAUGUUUCUAAGGCUUUUCCAUAACGUUCUCUCUUUCUCUCUCCUGCUCUUUGCAGAACAUGUGCAUGUUGGAGAGCGAGCUGGAAAACCAGCUAGGGGAGUUCCAUGUUAAGAUGAAGGGUAUGUUCAUAUCAGUCAACUCCAUCCUCUUCGUCUGUUGUGACUCCGGGCCCCAGUGUAUCUUCGCUUCCUGUUGGUCUAGUCCAAUCAAACGGUUGCAUUGUGAGAUUGUUUGUUUGCUUGUAUGUGGCCUUGAAAUGUUUUUGUUUGUUGUAGGUCUAGCAGGGUUCGCACGGCUUUGUGCUGGGGACACAUAUGAGGUGAGUUCAUUUAUUUCUCUCUCUCUGUCUCUCUCUCUCUCUCUGUUCCCUCCACUCUUGCUUUCCUUGCAGGAGUAGUUUCUGCAUGGCUGCCCCAGCAUCAUCAUUCUAAGUGUUAGUGCUGGUGGAGGGAGUGUAUAUGCUACCGUAACAUGGGCUCUCAGAGCUGGGCUAUCUGCAGGAGGAGGAGGGUCAUUGGAAAAGGAAAGGUGUUAAUGUGUCAGUACUGCCUCCAUCUGUUUUAACAUGCAUAGAUUUAGUGAUGAUUGACAGCAUAAUCGAUGUGAGUCAGUGGCACACUCCAUUACCUCGCAGGGGGAAGGCACCAAUAAACAGAACCUCCAGAGCUUAACUCCGCUUGCAGCAAAACACAAAUGACUCAGCGAAGACUUAAGAAUAAGGAAAUGUGUGAAGACCAAGAUGAAUGUGACAGUGACUGGCUCAUUGUGUGUUUCUGUUAUUCCAUAUUGAACCUAAACCUGACCCCUGACCUUUUAGAUCUUUAUGAAGUAUGGGCGGCAGCGCUGGAAGCUGAGGGGAAGGAUGGAGAUCAACGGCAAGCAGGUGUGGGACAGCGAGGACAUGGUCUUCCUGCCUCUCAUCACAGAGUUCCUAUCAAUAAAGGUAUGAAGCAGCAAAUCCUGGCCUAAAACUAGUAUACAGAUGAACACACAUACACACACACAGACCGUCUGUCACUCUCACUCACAUUCACUUUGUCACAUCUGUGUGUGAAGCGAGGGCUCAGGGGUAAUGGAUAUAACAGCUCAGUGAGAGAGGAGAGCAGCUGGAUAUCAACUUGUUUUUCUCCCUCACUGAUUUCAUUACUUUGCCCAAUCAUGUCACGGGAUCGGAAAGUCAGGAGACACAGAAUGAAUGAACGGGGGGGGGGAGAGAGAGGGGAAAGGGGGAAGGGAGAGGGAGAGGGGAGGGGAAGGGAAGGGAGUGGGGGGAGGGGAGAGGGGAAGGGGGAGGGAGAGGGGAGGGGGUUGGGAGAGGGGAGGGAGAGCGGAGGCUCUUUGCUUUCUCUUUUCUUUCUCUUUCUGCUUUCUCUUUCUCUUCCUUUCUCUUUCUCUUUCUCUGUUCCUUUCUCUUUCUUUCUCUUUGCUUUCUCUUCUCUUUUCCUUUCUCUUUCUUUCUCUUCUUUUAUCUUUCUUCUUUUUUCUUUCUUGUUUUUCUUUCUUUUUCUUUCCUUUCUCUCUCUUUUUGCUUUUCAUAAUGUAUCAUUUUGAGAGCUAAUGCUUAUCAAAAGCAGGCAUUGGAGUGGGGUUUGGAGAGAUUUAGAUCAUACCCGAAUCACUGAUUGUGAUGUGUCUUACUAUGGUUUCCUAGGUGACAGAGCUGAAGAGCCUGGCCAAUCACGUGGUGGUGGGGAACGUGUCGUGUGAGACCAAAGAUCUGUUUGCUGCUCUACCCCGGACGGUGGCCGUGGACAUCAAUGACCUGGGGACCAUCAAACUGAGCCUGGAGGUCACCUGGAAGUGAGUGGCUAUCACAUCAGUGUGGUGAACUGCUUUAAGUGGAUACCACCACUAGUGCACAAACACGUCUUUGUGUAUUUGUGUAUGUGUGGUGCGCAUAUAUUUGUGUGUGGGUCUAGUAUUAAGUUUCUGUGCCCUUUUUAUCUCUCUGUCAGCCCUUUCGACAAGGAUGACCAAGCCUCGGCCGCCAGCACGGUCAACAAACCCCCCACGGUGAACAAACGCUUCUCCACCUACAACCAGAGUCCUCCUGAUACCCCCUCCUUACGGGAACAGGCAUUCUAUGUGAGUAACCCGGUCCUCUAAACAGUGUCCUCUUUCUUAAUAUGAUCCAUAAUCCAUGGAGUGAUGAGCUGUAAUUGAGGAAUGGUUAUUCGAAUGAAUCUGAGUGAUAGCUCUCUCAACCCAUUUUUCAUUUCCAUCCAUGGCACCAAAGUCUCCUGCUGUCAUCUCAUCCAGUCUACCUCAGAGGCACAGUUUGAUUAAUGAUUUUUCUAUCUGAGACAGUAACUGUCAUAUGAUUCAAAACGCAGCAUCAUAUGAUGCAAAAUGCAUCAUACCGGCUGUAUUUCUGUAUUUUUAAAGUUAUAUAUCUUGAAAACUUGAUUGCUGUUAUGCGAAACAUUUUGAGACUAUAUCAACAAUGGACUAAUGAAACCAAAAUACCAAAAUAGUUUUUGGGUGGAGUUUUCCUUUAAGGGGGUGUCUCAGCUAUAGAUCAUUCUGUUCAUUAUGGUACAUAGAGCACAGAGCCUGUUACAGUUCUACCAGCUGUACUGAGCCUUAUCUUUUUCCUCCCUGGUGACUCACUGAUAGUCUGCCGCCAGGUUAAUCUGCUGCCAGGUAUCCAGGACAUGUUCUGUUCUCUGUAAUGCAACACGUUGUCUGUCAGCGGUGGUUGUUGUGCUGUUAAGAUGCAGCAUUAGAACGUCAGGAGGUUUUCUGUACACAUCCGCUGGUUCACAAAGCUAACAGGAUGUAUUGGUCUGUUUUGUCAAUGGGCAAGCUAAAUACUUCCAGCAUCUAUUUGUCUUACUUAAAUAACUUGAUUGAGUUAGAAAAAAAGAAUUCCAUGUUGCGGUGAAGAGAAUGACUGUGUAGGCUAGCUGUGAUGUGUAAUAGCAUUGGUCCACCAGUGGACCGUUCUCACGGCCCUCUCCUGCUUUACCUGGUGGUGUAAAGACGGCUCCGAGGAGCCUGUCAAGGAGCAUGAUGUCCCCCAAACAGCGCUGGUCCCUGCUGGAUGUGUUCCGUGACACUCUGGCUGAGAGACUGUCUCAGAGCUGCUCCUGCAGUGACGUUUCCUCAGUCCGCGUGGGCUCUGCUAACAUGCAGACUGACGUAAGUGCUGCUAGCCACUACAGACAUCCCACUAGACCCCUCAGUAGUUACUAGUUAAAGGUGUGGUAUUUGUGGUAGAGCAUGGUAAUAGAACCUCCGUAGAAGAACUCACAGUAGAUCUUUGUAGAUUGUGUUGUGCUGUCAAUUGUUGUUUAGAACCUCUGUACUGUUGGCCACUGUAGAAUCUCUGUGUUGAUGGUUAGAUGUGUUCCUUGUGGGUUUUUAAAUAGUCUUUAGUAGUAUUCUCAAUGACAGAGAGCGCUGGGAAACAGACACAGCUUCCAGCUCUCAAUAUGAAGCCUGUAUUUGUUCUUAUUGUUCCAGUGAGGUAGGCCUGGAUGCCCAGCGAAGCAGAGGCCUGAUAAAUGAGAAGUUAAUUAAAGGGAGCAGGGAGUCUGUUUGCUUUCUGGGCCAGAUGCCAGGCAGCACUGCUCUGCUCUGGUCUAUAAUGGUUGGCAUGGGUUUACAGGGGCCGUCAGCCAUCUGUCUGUCUGUCUGACUCUCAGUUAUCAUACUGAAUGUCUGCUGGACUAGUCCCAUCUUCAAAAUGUGAUGGUAGUGUCUCCAUUUUACUUUGUCACCCUUGUGCUCUUCCUCCCUCCCUCUGUCUCUCUUUUUCUCUCAAUGUAGAACAUGCUGAGGAGGCAGGAGGAGAUGGAGAAUGGCACAGCCUGGUCUAACUCCUCGGAGUCAUCAGACGACUCAUCCAGCCCCCAGCCCUCCCUGGGGCUGCGUCACGCCAACAAGAAUCUGGUCCAGCUAGAGGUCCAGGCCGCCGCGCCCUCCAUUGAGAUCUCCUUUGCUCCCAGAGACUCUGCCACCUCCACCCCUACCCGCUCAGCCAAAGUGGAGGAUGUGCAGAAGGAUGAGCCAGACACUGGAGCAGCAGGGAAAGAGGAGAAUUCUGGGAAACAGGCUGUGCCUAACGGCCACGCACGUUAUUCACGCUCCCUCAGCCAUAUCAGUGAGAACAGUGCCGAUGGCGUACUGACGGACAGGUCAACUGGCGAAUCAGUGGAGCCCUCUGAGGCCACCUCCCUGCAGUCUGGGAUCUCUAUAAACGAUAUUGAGAUGGAGAUGCCUGCCAGGGCAGAGUCAGCCCCUGUCCCAGCUGAGACUGUGGUGGUCGGGGACCCCUCUGAGCCACUCGCCCCAGCUACUGUGACUGUGGAGGAGAGCAGGCCGGAGAGCAGGUAUUCUGCAGUGUCUAUAGAGUCAGACACUGGGUUUGAGGUUGUUUCAGGCGCUGUUUCAGAGGUAGAGCCAGAACUUCAGAGCUUUGCACCCACUAGGACUGAUGCCGUGUCUCAGCAAGGUGCCUCUCUGGAUCUCAGGGCAGACUUACAAGCACAGACCCAGAGCACAGAGGACAUAUCAUACACUGCCCACAGGGCAGUGGUGGUGGAGGCCGAGAAGCAUGGGCCUGUAGUAGAGGCCAGGCCCACAGAGGGUGAGAAGCAGCAGGCUGUAGACAAUGGAGUUGAGGAAGCCCUGAGUGCAGUCAUCGCCUCUCUGGAUGACUACAGGGGACAGUUUCCUGAGUUACAGGUCCUGGAGCAGGAGCUCAGACUACUGGAGGAGACAUUAACAGUGAGUUAUAGCUGUGUGUGUAUAUGGCUCUGACUCAUGUGUUUUAUGUUGCACCUGACAAUGGAAAUGACCACUUCAUAAGAGUGAGGGGGGCGUUGGUGGGGGCUGAGUAGAUUUCAUCGUUCCAGAAUCCCACAGUUCCCUGCGGGAUUGGAAUCAGGGUGCGGAACUUCCUGCCCUUUAGCUCAGUCUAAAUGUUUCCAUCCCACAAUGCUGCAGCGGGAGAUGUGUGUACUGUCGCUGGGUGGCCGUCAGCCUCUUAAACGUACACACACCCACCUUCUUCCCAACUGAGACACAGAUAAGCAUCAGAGCUCACUCAGCCAAACCCUUUGACAAGGCGAUAGGAAACACAGAAAAUGUUUGACCUUCUGAAUUAUUCUUCAUUUCAUCAUGUCAUAAUUUUAAGAACACACUGUUUUGUUCCCAGACACUUUCCUCAGAUGAUCCUUUUCCAAAUACGGGGUGUACACUUACAAUCAGGACUUAUAUGGCGUUGAUGUGGAUUGCUGAAGAAUGUUUGCUUUUGUUACUGUGUGUGUACUGUAUGUUUGAGUACGUGUGUGCAUGUGUGUUUGUCUCUCUAUAUCACGUGUCUAUGUGUGUGUUCUGAAGGGCCAUACAUGCAGUUGUUCGUCCAGUGUCCAGAGUCUGGCGGUGGAGACAGCCCUCGGCAGCUUUGACUUCCUCAACACCUCAGACCUGGAGGACGAGGAUGAAGAGGAGGAGGAUGGGGAGAAGAGGAGUGUGACAGACAGGUCAGGGUCCAUAAAAUGGCCUCCCUCUCUAUGUUCCAUCACAGUCAGUUUUAAAAAUGAGAAGUUUUGCUGGUGAAGGAGCUAGUUGUAUUUCGGUGUGGUUACUUACUGCCAUCUAGUGGUGAGCCACUGUAACACAUAUUUAAAUAUGCUCUCAUGCUAGAUGUUUGUAAUGAUAAGAAAAGUUAAUUGGUAUUCUGAAUGAUAAUUCCCUCACCUGGUCUAAAGGUGGCAUGAUAUGUAGCGCCAUGGCUCUCUGGGGUACCACUCUGGGGUAACAACUCUCCUGAUGUGCUCAUGCCUGUGCUCCUGUGUGGUUGUUGUGUUUAGUGAGUGCCACAGCGCCCCUGGCAGGCCACCAGAGGAGAGUGCAGGGGAGGAUGAGUGCUGUGAGGAGAGAUGCUGGGAGUCCCACUCCUCUGGACCUGUGAGCACAGGCUGCCAGGCUCUAGACCAUGCCCUACUGGUCCAUCUGAAGAACUGCAGUGCACAACUUCUGGUGAGGAACAUGACAUACUCCAUAUGAGUAAUGUAAUAAAACAAUUUAAAAUUGACAUCUGUGGUCUUACCAAAUGUCCUGAUUUGUUGUAUCGGUUUUGUCUAUGUGAUGCCUGUGACUCCUAAUGGCUGGUGCUGUGUGUAUUCUUUGCAGAGGUUGGGGACCUUUGGGCCUCUGCGCUGUGGGGAGAUGUAUGCUCUGGAUCGCCUGCUCAGGGAGGCCCGCGUCCUCGAGCUCAUCAGACGUGUUGCCAAGGAGACCCCUGGAGGAGCCACUCAGCCAGAUGAGGGUGAGUUCAUUACGGCUGAAAGGAGGACAAUAAAACAACAUAUUAGUUUAGUCACUGACAGAGCUAAGGCUAUAAUGACAAAGGCUAACUACUGUAAUUGUAAUUGAUUCAAUUACUAUCAUCUCUAACUUGUUUUCUUUUCUGUCUGCCUUCCUUCUACUGUCCAUCUCUCCUGGAGUAGUGGUUCCCCAGUUAGAACAGUGCCAAGGGGCAACAUUGCUCUGGCAGCAGUGUACGGAUAAUGGCAGUGUGUACAGCACCUCCACAGAGGCUUUCCUCACAACACUGGCCGCUGCUUACACCAACAGACUGCCUGAGAGAGGAGUUAGCCUGGCAGACACAGGUAUGAUACGGUUGUUGUGUCUCUGUGUGUGUCUAUCAUGCAUUAUAUAAUUCAUAAUAUGGUCCUUUGUAGCUCAGUUGGUAGAGCAUGGCGCUUGUAAUGCCAGGAUAGUGGGUUUGAUUCCCGGGACCACCCAUGCAUAAAAUGUAUGUAAGUCUCUAUGAAUAAAAGCGUCUGCUAAAUGGCAUAUAUAAUAUUUAAACAUAGUGAUACAUGGUCUAAAACACUCUCCCUAAGGAGGAGUUUGGAUCAGCAAUGCUCCUGACUUUGAUUCCAGUGGCCUAUCUGAUGUCACAUAUACACACAUUAGAGGGUAGCUGUGAUGUGCUAUCCUGUCACGUCUGACCCAUCUCUCUGUGCUGUGUCUAGUGUUCUUGCAUCUGGUGGAGAGGAUUCUGGAGAGGAGGCUGCCCAAGCGUGGGGGCGGGGCGGCCAGAGAGAUGCUGACCCUCUUCCAGUUCUGGAGCUACCUAGAGGCCGAGGGAGUGAGCGAGCUGGACACACACAUCAUCGAACUAGCAGAGGAGGGUGAGUGUCUAGGAGAUUGACUAUGGUUGUGAAUGGGCCUCCUUAAUUGCUUGGAGUUAGUGUGAAUGAAUGUAUUAAUGUGUCUUACUAGGUUACAGACAGCCACUUGGCUCUAUGGUCAGUCAUGAUGAAUGUGUGAAUGUAGGUCAUUUAAAUGGCUGAUUGCUCUCAUUGUUGUUGUUUCACCACACCCACUAUAACAUAAUCACCUCAUUCUAUUAUCUUCUUUCUAUCACCAUUCCCAUCCUUCCUCAUUCGCUCUCUUUUUUACUACCUCUCUGUGCUUUUCCUCUUCCUUCCACAACACCCUGUUUCUUUCUCUGUUUCCCUGUCCACCCUCCUCCUCCUCCUCCUCCUCCCCUAUUCCCCCUCAGUGUGGCUGGUUCAGAGCCUGCAGUCAGGGGACCAGGAGGUGCUGGUGAAGGCCCUGAAGAGGCCUCCAGAGAGCAGCCUGAAGAGGGAGGGCCUGCAUGCUGUCAGCCUACUGCUCAGGGACCCGCGGGGGAAGGUGUCUGCCUCUGCCAGCUCCCUGCUCCGGAGCCUCGCCGACCAGCCACGCCAUCGAGAGAGGGUGAGACCGAGACGCAUUAAUUUCAGGCCAUACUCACUGUAGCACUUUUGAAAUGCACCUCUUAAAAAGUGUUAUCUUGAUGCUAGGAUCACGAGUGUGGAUGUAUGUGUGUUUGGGUAAAUUAUAGUGUAUUUUGGUAUUUUACCCCAGGCCCUGGUAAGCUGUCUGGAGCUUCUGGAGAAUGAGAGCGUGGAGACGAGAGUGUGUGGCUGUAAAGCACUUGCAUGUCUGAAGGUCAGUCUUACCACUUAAUAUUCAAAUCUCUUCAACAGUCUCUGUGUUCCAGCUAUCUUUUACCUCUACCUCCCCUAGUGUCUGGAGUCAGACUGUCGAGUCCACUCUGUUUUUUAUGUUCUGCAGGCCAAAGAGAGCAUCGACCAGCUGGUCUAUCUCUGUCGAUCAGACAAGGAGGAUGUGAGGGAUGCUGCCAAACAAGCGCUGCUGGUGCUUGGUGAGUAGAAAGAUAAAAAGUAUACGUUUGAUAGGGAACUGAGUGGGAUUAUUUAUGUACAGUGCAUUCUGAAAGUAUUCAGACCCCUUGACUCUUUCCACAUUUUGUUACCUUACAGCCUUAUUCUAAAAUGUAUUAAAUUGUUUUUUCCCCUCAUCAAUCUACACACAAUUCCCCAUAAUGACAAAGCAAAAACUGGUUUUCGAAUUUUUUACAAAUGUAUAUAAAAAAAUAAAAAUGAAAUCACAUUUACAUAAGUAUUCAGACCCUUUACUCAGUACUUUGUUGAAGCACCUUUGGCAGCGAUUACAGCCUCGAGUCUUCUUGGGUAUGACGCUACAAGCUUGGCACACCUGUAUUUGGGGAGUUUCUGCCAUUCUUCUCUGCAGAUCCUCUCAAGCUCUGUCAGGUUGGAUGGGGAGCAUCGCUGCACAGCUAUUUUCAGGUCUCUCCACAGAUGUUCGUUCGGGUUCAAGUCCGGGCUCUGGCUAGGCCACUCAAGGACAUUCAGAGACUUGUCCCGAAGCCACUCCUGCUUUGUCUUGGCUGUGUGCUUAGGGUCGUUGUCCUGUUGGAAGGUGAACCUUUGCUCCAGUCUGAGGUCCUGAGCGCUCUGGAGCAGGUUUUCAUCAAGGAUCUCUCUGUACUUUGCUCUGUUCAUCUUUCCCUCGAUCCUGACUAGUCUCCCAGUCCCUGCCGCUGAAAAACAUCCCCACAGCAUGAUGCUGCCACCACCAUGACUUACCGUAGGGAUGGUGCCAGGUUUUCUCCAGACGUGAUGCUUGGCAUUCAGGCCAAAGAGUUCAAUCUUGGUUUCAACAGACCAGAGAAUCUUGUUUCUCAUGAUCUGAGAGUCCUUUAGGUGCCUUUUGGCAAACUCCAAGUGGCCUGUCAUGUGCCUUUUACUGAGGAGUGGCUUCUGUCUGGCCACUCUAUCAUAAAGGCCUGAUUGGUGGAGUGCUGCAGAAAUGGUUGUCCUUCUGGAAGGUUGUCCCAUCUCCACAGAGGAACUCUGGAGCUCUGUCAGGGUGACCAUUGGGUUCUUGGUCACCUCCCUGAGUUUGGCCGGGCAGCCAGCUCUAGGAUGAGUCUUGGUGGUUCCAAACUGAAGGCCACUGUCUUCUUGGGGACCUUAAAUGCUGUAGACAUUUUUUUCCCAGAUCUGUGCCUCGACACAAUCCAGUCUCAGAGCUCUACGGACAAUUCCUUCGACCUCAUGGCUUGGUUUUUGCUCUGACAUGCACUGUCAACUGUGGGACCUUAUAUAGACAGGUGUGUGCCUUUCCAAAUCAUGUCCAAUCAAUUGAAUUUACCACAGGUGGACUCCAAUCAAGUUGUAGAAACAUCUCAAGGAUGAUCAAUGGAAACAGGAUGCACCUGAGCUCAAUUUCGAGUCUCAUAGCAAAGGGUCUGAAUACUUAUGUAAAUAAGGUAUUUCAGUUUUUUAUUUGUAGUAAAUUAGCAAACAUUUCUAAAAACCUGUUUUCGCUUUGUCAUUAUGGGGUAUUGUGUGUAGAUUGAUGAAUAAGGCUGUAACGUAACAAAAUGUGGAAAAAGUCAAGGGGUCUGAAUACUUUCCGAAUGCACUGUAUGUAUGUAUAUACACUAUAUAUACAAAAGUAUGUGGACACCCCUACAAAUGUGUGGAUUCGGCUAUUUCAGCCACACCUGUUGCUGACAGGUGUAUAAAAUCGAGCCCACAGCCAUGCAAUCUCCAUAGACAAACAUUGGCAGUAGAAUGGCCUUAUCUGAAGAGCUCAGUGACUUUCAACGUGGCACCGUCAAAGGAUGCCACCUUUCCAAGUCAUUUCGUCAAAUUUCUGCCCUGCUAAAGCUGCACCGGUCAAUUGUAAGUGCUGUUAUUGUGAAGUGGAAACGUCUAGGAGCAACAACGGCUCAGCCGCGAAGUGGUAGGCCACACAAGCUCACAGAAUCAGACCGCUGAAGUGUGUAGCGCAUAAAAAUCGGCUUUCCUCAGUUGCAACAUUUUUUUUAAACUUUUUUUUUUUUUUGUCAUUUAGCAGACGCUCUUAUCCAGAGCGACUUACAGGAGCAAUUAGGGUUAAGUGCCUUGCUCAAGGGCACAUCGACAGAUUUUUCACCUAGUCGUCUCGGGGAUUAGAACCAGCGACCUUUCGGUUACUGGCACAACGCUCUUAACCACUAAGCUACCUGCCGCCCCAACACUCACUACCGAGUUCCAAACUGCCUCUGGAAGCAACGUCAGCACAAGAACUGUUCGUCGGGAGCUUCAUGAUAUGAGUUUCCAUAGCCAAUCAGCCGCACACAAGCCUAAGAUCACCAUGCACAAUGCCAAGCGUCAGCUGGAGUGGUGUAAAGCUCGCCGCCAUUGGACUCUGGAGCAGUGGAAACACGUUCUCUGGAGUGAUGAGUCACGCUUCACUAUCUGGCAGUCCGAUGGACGAAUCUGGGUUUGGCGGAUUCCAGAAGAACACUACCUGCCCCAAUACAUAGUGCCAACUAUAAAGUUUGGUGGAGGAGGAAUAAUGGUCUGAGGGUGUUUUUCAUGGUUCGGGCUAGGCCUCUUAGUUCCAGUGAAGGGAAAUCUUAACGCUACAGCAUACAAUAACAUUCUAGACGAUUCUGUGCUUCCAACUUUGUGGCAACAGUUUGGGGAAGGCCCUUUCCUGUUUCAACAUGACAAUUCCCCCAUGCACAAAACGAGGUCCAUACAGAAAUGGUUUGUCGAGAUCGGCGUGGAAUAACUUGACUGGCUUGCACAGAGCCCUGACCUCAACCCCAUCUAACACCUUUGGGAUUAAUUGGAACGCUGGCUGCGAGCCAGGCCUAAUCGCCCAACAUCAGUGCCCGACCUCACUAAUGCUCUUGUGGCUGAAUGGAAGCAAGUCCCCGCAGCAAUGUUCCAACAUCUAGUGGAAAGUCUUCCCACAAGAGUGGAGGCUGUUAUAGCAGGAAAGGGGGGACCAACUCCAUGUUAAUGCCAAUGAUUUUGGAAUGAGAUGUUCGACGAGCAGGUGUCCACAUACUUUUGGUCAUGUAGUGUGUAUAUAUACAGUAUAUUCCGGUCUCUGACAUUACUCGUUCUGAUAUUUCUUUAGAAAAAAAAAUAUUUCCGGAUUAUGUGUGUAUUGUUUUAUUGCUAGGUAUUACUGCACUGUUGGAGCUAGAAACACCAGCAUUUCGCUGCACCUGCAAAUGUGUGUACGUGACCAAUAAACGUUGAUCAAGGGGUACAAGGGCACAGAGGGUGGGGUUUCUGUGGGAGGGAUCUAGUGAAUGAGGGAAUAAUGGGAUAAGAUGUUUGAGGGGAAAGAGACACGUGUAUGUGUGAUUGACGUUCUCUGUGUUCCAUCCAGGUGAGGAGGGGAAGCUGGCCCACAGACACGUUGAGACAUCACUGCAGGAGGGAGUGCCACGCCUCUUCUCCCCUGGCAGCAUGGCCAGCACCGCCUUCUAA